ACUCAAGCGACCCUUUCAAAGACUCUGCAUCCACUUCAGAGCUUUCUCAAGCUGCUUCUCGCGAGACUGAUCCCACGACACCCCGAACGGCUCCUCAACAAUACUCAAGCGACCCUUUCGCUCCCAACUAUCGCUACCUCUGUCCUUGGAGUGCUGAGGAGAAGGCGGACUGGAUAGCAACGUAGCUAGUCCCGCUCCGUCCAGACUUCUGGGAGGUUUACGAGUCCGCCGAACGUGCGGAGUAUUGUCGACGUACCGAUCAGCUUGCAGUUCUUCUUAGGCAACGCGGACUCAAGGAUGCCUACAACAGUAUAAAGUAUCUAGAUGCGCAGAGAGGGACAUAUAUGUGUAAGACAAGGGAGGAGAGGCACAACAAAAUAUGUGAGCUGCUCAAAGAUGAACCGGAUUUGUUGGAAAGAGAAGAGGAGAUAGAACGGGUUGGUAAGGAAAGAUACGCCGUUUACCAGGGCGACCAUGAGGUUGAGCAUUUACUCGAGAUUGGAGAUGUGGCUGGGUAUAGAUGGAUCAAGAUGAACCCGGAUAUGGUGAAAGAAAGACCAGCGCAGCCAUAAUGAGUAGCACUAGAAGGUAUGGCCAAUGGCAUUUGGCAUCCACUCGGGGCAAAAGUCAUACGUGCGUAAGUGAAUCUAUGAUCUGGUAUUCUAGGCACAAUUUCCGUUGGGUGUAAAAGACGUCGUUUGCAAACAGGUUGCACACGACGUCCGCCUAACCAGUUCGACAUACCCUUAGAACCCGGACAGAGAACCUGAAACCCAAGAUACUCGAUAAUGAAAAGGCACCUAGGCAGUAGGGGUUUCAGUGUGC